CUAUUUCAAUUUCACAGUAGAAGCAUUAUUGCAAUAUGGCGUCACUCGAGGACGAGUCGUUUCACGAUGUAAAUUCCCAUUUCGUUCAUCAAACAGAAGAUUUAAAAUGGGUACCGUUAUCACUCACUCUUGUGGAAUAUCCUCAAGGCGACCGGCUGGGCCUUUUUCUGGCGUUGACAAGUCUGCUGCCAUUCGCGGUAAUCGCUGGUUUCAUGACACUCAUUCUCUUCAGACGAGAUCUCCACACGAUUGUGUUCUUCCUUGGUGUGGUGAUAAACGAGAUGAUUGGUCUUGUCCUGAAGUACACUAUAAAACAAUCGAGACCAAUGAGACGUGAGGUUGUAUACACUGAGUAUGGAAUGCCAUCGGCUCAUUCGCAAUUUAUGUGGUUCUUUGCCGCAUAUACAACACUUUUCGUAUGCAUUAGACUUCAUCAGAACAAUAACAGCAGCAUGUCCGAACGAUUUUGGCGUUCGAGUAUAAUGGGUGGAUGUAUCGGUGUGGCAAUACUAGUUUCGUAUAGUCGCAUUUAUCUUCAGUAUCACACAUUGGCCCAAGUACUAUGGGGCAUGAUUGUAGGAUCAACAUUGGGUAUCGCAUGGUUUCUUGCCGCUCACCUAGUUUUUGCGCCAUUCUUUCCAAUCAUUGUUUCGUGGCCAAUAUCAGAAUAUUUGUUAUUGCGUGAUACAACCCUGAUACCAAAUAUACUGUGGUUCGAGUACACAAACAUUCGGACAGAGAGCAGAGCACGAUCGCGAAAACUUGUUUCUAUGAAAUCUCAAUGACGUCUGCUGGUUGGCCAAUGGCUCUCGAACACAAAAUGAACGAGGCAAAGACCCAACAAAUGAAGAAAUUUUUAGUUUUCUUUUUUAGGACCUUUUUGUUUACCUAAUGUUUUUCUCCAUCAUGACUCCGAAACAAACGUCCAGUUUUCGGAUAAAACGGGAAACGCUUGAUUGCCUGGGAAUCUGAAUCGCCAGUGCAGAGCGGCCCUCGCAUAGCGCACAACUUUGUUCUCCUCGAUCUUUCAGGCAACUUUUUAUACCUUCUGAGUAACAAGUGUGUCUUCUCGGAUUUGGAUCAAGAGGAACAGUAUUUCGUCUGAUUUUUGCAAUAAUAUAUUUUUAUUGUCAAUUUUUUAUUUUUAUUAUCUCGAUGUUUGUAAUUGAGAACUUUUUACAUGAACGUACGAAUGAGAAUGAUGUUUUAAGAAUGGCCAGCUACUGUGAUUCGAAAUGGUGGCUGUUUCGGUUUUCGAUUGAUCAAUAUUCAAAUGAAUAUUUUCAUGUUAUCGAAGCUCCAACUAUUGACAGGGUUAAUCAACCCUCUAGCAAUUCGAAUGUUUAUGGUUUCAUAGACUAUUUUGCAUUUUCAAAUGUAAACGAAUGUAGAUGAGACUGUAUGUUUGAUUAUGAAUGAAAGAAGUAACAAUUUUGCUGUGACUGUAAAACCUUAAAAUGGAUCACUUUUUGUUUGUAAUUGUUAGAUCGCGAUACGCUCACGAUUCGAAUGCUAGUCCUGUAAGUGUAAAUAAUUAUGAAUAAUUGAAUCGUUCGUUAGAACCCUUGCAGUGAUGCAACAGCAACGCGAUUCAUAUUUUUCUAUCUAGCAAAUAUUAAAACAUCGUUGACAAUUUUUUCGACGAUAUAAAAAAAAAAAGGAUUCAUUAACGACGAAGUUAAUCGUCAAGUUGUUUUUCUUUUGACCAGUUCAACAAACGAAAAAGAGAGAAACAGUAGAAAAAAGAAGGAUUUUAAUGUCGACGGUAAUCGGCCUCUGCUUCAUACAAACGUACAAUAAUUAGAUGUCGAACGAUUACAAUGGGAUCCAUUAGACGUAAAAAUAUUCAUUGUUUAUCACAUAUAAAUCAUUUUAAUAUGAACGAUCGCGUAAGAUGUAACAAAAUAAUAUCAACCAAUUCACCUCGUUAUGGUCAAAUCAGCAAAUCACUAUCAAAGGGGCCAGAGGUUGACUAGAAUCCUGUUUUCCAAAAUGAUUUUUAGAAUAGAGUACAUUGAAUUUUCUUUCUAAAAUUUUUACUGUCUCCAUUCGAAACCCUUUUUUUCUGAAAACUAUCGUUGAAAGAGCAAUCCAAACAAUACGGCCUUAAAAACUAAUUUUUGAGUCAACCAAACACCCGAUAAAGUUCCAAAAACGUAGUUCUAACGAACCUUGAACCGCAGCAGUGGCUUAAAGUACACCGCACAAUGGCACUGAUCUUGGAGAUGUUUGUGCAUUUAAACUCAAAGUAUCCAUAACGUAUUAUUCAGUACUGACAAUGAAUGAAUGGUCGGACCCAUCGUUUUCUAUCGAUAAAAAAGUGACAAUUCCAACAUACAAUUUUAAUCAUCUGUACGAAUGAUAAAACAACAAAUGAAUUAAACGACCACAUAUGCGCACCGAGAA